AUAAUCUUAAUUGACUCAUGAUUGUCAGUGUCAUACACUUUGACCUAGUGCGUAACCCGGAAGUGUAGUCCCGUCUGCAGUUUUCACAAUGAUGAGACUGGAUGACAACGAUGAUGACGUCUCCCUGUUUGAUGCAGAGGAGGAUACAGGCAGAGGAAAGUCAAAGAAGACUAAAAUCAAGCAUCCAGUGGCCUCCUUCUUCCACCUAUUCUUCAGAAUGAGUGCCAUCCUGGUGUACCUGCUCUGUGAGCUCCUCAGCAGUAGCUUCAUUGCCUGCAUGGUCACCAUCAUCCUCUUCCUGUCAGCUGACUUCUGGACCGUUAAGAAUAUCACAGGCCGGUUGAUGGUGGGCCUGAGGUGGUGGAACCAGGUGGAUGACGAUGGGAAAAGCCACUGGGUGUUUGAGUCCAGAAAGGGGAAUUCAAAGCAGCUGGUGUCAGACUCCGAGUCGAGGAUCUUCUGGCUGGGUCUAGUCGUGUGUCCUGUCAUCUGGGUCUUCUUCGUCUUCAGCACCCUCUUCUCCUUCAAGAUUAAGUGGCUGGCCGUGGUGAUCAUGGGCGUGGUGCUACAGGGGGCUAACCUGUAUGGCUAUGUUCGCUGUAAAGUGGGCAGUAGGACGAGCUUGAAGAACAUGGCUACAAACUAUUUCGGACGGCAGUUUCUUAAACAGGCAAUGACUAAAGAAGAGGAAUCAUAAAGAAGGACGUCUACUCUUAAAGAUUUGAACAUAUGUUUGCAUUAUUCUGAAUGCCGUUGUAUAUCUGGAGUUUUACUUACAACUAACACUUAAUAGAAAUCUUUUGGGACAUUGCUUACCUUUGACGAGUUUUCCCAUUUUGAUACCAUUUCAAGAGAGAAAUAGCAUAAUUUGUAGAUAAGUAAGUUUUUCCACUGUAGCUAUACUGACUCAAAGCAAAUCCCUUAUCUGUUUUGUUGUUUUUGCAUAUUAUCCCUAGACUUUAUACAAUACAAUGAAAUGUUGUUUCUGACUUGUAUUAUACAAACAUGUUGCCUGUAUAAUGUUGAUGGUUGUAAAUAUAGAACAUCAAGGUCAUGUGUUCAUGUUUUUGUGCAAAUACAUUUAUAACAUUUCAAAAUGA